AUGCGUGUUUUUGUAAAAGGUCUGCAGCAGUAUAAACGCCUUUACAAUACCUCAACAACCACUCUCACCUCGAGAAGAUAUGGACAGCCCACUCCCAUGACACAUCCUCAUCUACUUAAACGUGGCGAAUUGACUCCUGGAAUUUCUGCAAUAGAAUAUGAACUUCGACGAACGCGUCUAAUGAAAAGCUUUCCAUAUAAUAGUGUUGCCGUAUCACUGGGAUACAGAACACCUACUGAUAACACAUUAAUGAUGUUGUUAUUUGAAGGUUUCAAUGAGCCUGAUGCAGCUAUGAUAUUAGAAAAAAAUGAUAGUCCCCGUGGCUAUAAAAUGACGAUGUUUGUGUUGCCAAAAAAUCAAGAUGAUGAGAUGUGGGAUGGCACUCGAACAGGAGUGCAAGGCGCUAUUGAUAUUUUCGGAGCGGACGAGGCGAUAGACUCGGCUAAAUUCGUAUCAAACCUCAGAGAGAUUGUACAAUCAUACAAGAAAGUAUUUAUAGAUUUACCUCCGACAACCAGCAUUCUUUCACCUGAUGCCGCUCAAAAGAUUUUCCGAAAUAAUGGUAUUCCGAUUUUCCCCUCAUUUUUCGCGUCUCGGUUCAAAACUUUACGCGAACAAUUCUACCCUUUAAUAUCCCACUAUGGCAUGUCACGUUUCAUUGGAAAAUUCCCAUUCUUACAUAAAGUUAAAGAAUUUAAACCGUUGAGUCGGAUAAUACAACAGUUGAGAAUUAUAAAAAGCGAUGCCGAAAUAAAGCUAAUGCGAGAAGCUGGCGAGAUUACUGGGAAAGCGUUUAUCGAGACAAUGAAAUUUACAAAGCCGGAAAUGACUGAACAUCAUUUGCAUGCAAAGUUAGAUUAUGAGUGUCGAAUACGUGGUGCGGAACUUUUGGGAUACGUACCCGUUAUCGCAAGUGGAGUGAAUGCAUUGACACUACACUAUGUGAAUAAUGAUAUGCCAUUACGAUAUGGUGAUUUAGUAUUGGUGGAUGCAGGAUGCGAAUACCAUGGUUAUGUAAGUGAUGUCACACGUACCUGGCCUAUAAAUGGUAAAUUCAGUUUGCCACAACGCGAAUUAUAUGAAGCCGUGUUGAAAGUGAAUAAAAGCUGUAUCAAGCUUUGCACUGAACAGCAAAACAUCUCGUUGAAUGGUAUUCAUGAUGUAUCUGUGAAGCUUAUGAGAGAAGAGUUAAUAAACCUUGGAUUCAAAGUUAACGAAGGGGAAGUAGACCGAGUGCUAUAUCCCCACCAUGUAGGCCACUAUCUUGGUCUGGAUGUGCAUGACACUCAUGACUUGGAUCGCUCAAGACGACUUAAAGCUGGAAUGGUUGUAACAAUAGAGCCAGGAUUAUAUAUUCCCUGUCUCAAUUCAUUUCCGAAACAAUAUCAUGGGAUAGGAAUUCGUAUCGAGGAUAACGUGUUAAUUGGCGAAAAAGAUCCUGUUGUUUUAAGUGUCACUGCUCCCAAAGAGAUUGUCGAUAUUGAAUAUUGCAUGAAUAGUUGA